CCUAGGGCCCCCGGGCCGCCGAGCCCGGUGCGCGCCCUCGCGUCCCGCCGGCCCCCUCCCCCGGCUGGGCCCGGGGGAGGGUGGCGCCGUGAGCGAGCGGGGACUGGGCUCUCUUGCCCAUUCCCCUGUCCCUGGGCCGCCAGGAUGGAGGCGGGGUCCGGUCCCCCGGGUGGCCCGGGAUCUGAGAGCCCCAACCGGGCGGUGGAGUACCUGCUGGAGCUGAACAAUAUCAUCGAGAGUCAGCAGCAGCUGUUGGAGACCCAGCGGCGGCGAAUCGAAGAGCUGGAGGGCCAGUUGGACCAGCUCACCCAGGAGAACCGCGACCUGCGGGAGGAGAGCCAGCUGCACCGCGGGGAACUGCACCGGGACCCCCUUGGCGCGCGGGAUAGCCCUGGCCGCGAGAGCCAGUACCAGAACCUGCGCGAGACCCAGUUCCACCACCGCGAGCUGCGGGAGAGCCAGUUCCACCAGGCGUCCCGGGACGUGGGCUACCCGAACCGGGAUGGCGCCUACCAGAACCGGGAAGCUAUCUAUCGGGACAAGGAACGAGAAGCCUCCUAUCAGCUCCAGGACACUACCGGCUACACAGCCCGCGAGCGCGACGUGGCCCAGUGCCACCUGCACCACGAGAACCCAGCCCUGGGUCGCGAGCGUGGCGGGAGGGAGGCUGGGCCAGCGCACCCGGGCCGCGAGAAGGAAGCCGGCUAUUCCUCUGCGGUGGGCGUGGGGCAGCGGCCACCGCGGGAGCGGGGCCAGUUGAGCCGUGGCGCAUCCAGAAGCUCCAGCCCUGGCGCGGCCGGAGGUCACAGCACCAGUACCAGCACCAGCCCGGCUACAACCCUCCAGAGAAAAUCUGAUGGUGAGAAUUCCAGAACAGUCAGGUCCACAGCGUCUCACACUCUCCACCAGUAUUGCUGUCCUACUCAGGCCCUUGACUCCAUGAAGCUAACCCCCUCAGGCAGGCUGGCAGAGAGCAGUGUGGAGGGUGAUACCCCAGGCAGUGACCUGAGCACAGCGGUUGAUAGUCCUGGGAGCCAACCCCCCUACCGGCUGAGCCAACUACCCCCCACCAGCAGCCACAUGGGAGGCCCCCCUGCUGGGGUGGGCCUUCCUUGGGCUCAGAGGGCACGCCUCCAGCCAGCCAGUGUCGCCCUGAGGAAGCAAGAGGAGGAAGAGAUAAAGCGCUCCAAGGCCCUGUCAGACAGCUAUGAACUCUCCACAGACCUGCAGGACAAGAAGGUGGAAAUGCUGGAGAGGAAGUAUGGGGGCUCCUUCCUGAGCCGCAGGGCUGCCAGGACCAUCCAGACAGCUUUUCGCCAGUAUCGUAUGAAUAAGAACUUUGAGCGGCUGCGCAGCUCAGCUUCAGAGAGCCGCAUGUCCCGCCGCAUCAUCUUGUCCAACAUGCGGAUGCAGUUCUCUUUUGAGGAGUACGAAAAAGCACAGAACCCUGCAUACUUCGAGGGCAAGCCUGCCUCACUGGACGAGGGUGCCAUGGCUGGUGCCCGGAGCCACCGGCUUGACCGGGGUCUCCCCUAUGGAGGCUCCUGUGGUGGGGGCAUCGAUGGUGGUGGAAGUUCAGUCACCACAUCUGGAGAGUUUUCUAAUGACAUCACAGAGCUCGAGGACUCCUUCUCCAAACAGGUUAAAUCUCUGGCUGAAUCCAUCGAUGAGGCCCUGAACUGCCACCCAUCAGGGCCUAUGUCUGAGGAGCCAGGGUCAACCCAGAUGGAGAAGCGGGAAUCAAAGGAACAUCAAGAGGACAGCACAGCCACCUCCUUCAGUGACCUUCCCCUCUACUUGGAUGACCCAGUUCCUCCUCCAUCACCUGAGCGACUGCCCAGCACAGAGCCCCCACCCCAGAGCCGCCCUGAGUUCUGGGCACCAACUCCCCUCCCACCAGUUCCUCCACCGAUGCCACCAGGGACCCGGGAAGAUGGUAGCCGUGAGGAAGGCACUCGCAGGGGUCCUGGGUGCUUGGAGUGCCGGGAUUUCCGGCUCCGGGCCGCACACCUUCCCCUCCUUACCAUUGAGCCUCCCAGUGACAGUUCUGUAGACCUGAGUGACCGCUCAGAUCGCGGCUCUGUCCACCGCCAGCUGGUGUAUGAGGCUGAUGGCUGCAGCCCCCAUGGGACCCUGAAGCACAAGGGGCCACCAGGCAGGGCCCCAAUCCCACACCGCCACUACCCUGCCCCUGAGGGUCCAGCUCCAGCCCCACCAGGGCCCCUGCAGCCAGCCCCCAAUAGUGGCACUGGGCCCAGUGGUGUGGCUGGGGGUCGGAGGUUGGGGAAGUGUGAGGCAGCAGGUGAGAACUCUGACGGUGGAGACAAUGAGAGCCUCGAGAGCUCCAGCAACUCCAAUGAGACCAUCAACUGCAGCUCUGGCUCCUCGUCCCGGGAUAGCCUGAGGGAACCUCCAGCCAGUGGCCUGUGCAAGCAGACCUACCAGAGGGAAACAAGGCACAGCUGGGACUCGCCAGCCUUCAACAAUGAUGUGGUUCAGAGGCGGCAUUACAGAAUUGGCCUCAACCUCUUCAAUAAGAAGCCAGAGAAGGGUAUCCAGUAUUUGAUUGAGCGAGGUUUCCUGUCAGACACUCCUGUGGGGGUGGCUCACUUCAUCCUGGAGCGGAAAGGCCUGAGCCGGCAGAUGAUAGGGGAAUUCCUGGGGAACCGGCAGAAGCAGUUCAACAGAGAUGUGUUGGACUGUGUGGUGGACGAGAUGGACUUCUCCUCUAUGGAUCUGGAUGAUGCACUCAGGAAGUUCCAAUCCCAUAUUCGGGUUCAGGGUGAGGCCCAGAAAGUGGAGCGACUCAUUGAAGCUUUCAGCCAGCGGUACUGUGUCUGUAACCCUGCCCUUGUACGCCAGUUCCGGAACCCCGACACCAUCUUCAUCCUUGCUUUUGCCAUCAUCCUCCUCAAUACCGACAUGUACAGCCCCAGCGUCAAGGCUGAACGCAAGAUGAAACUGGAUGACUUCAUUAAGAACCUGAGAGGGGUUGACAAUGGUGAAGACAUCCCCAGAGACCUCCUGGUAGGCAUCUACCAGCGCAUCCAAGGUCGUGAACUGCGGACCAAUGAUGACCAUGUGUCCCAGGUGCAGGCUGUGGAGCGCAUGAUUGUUGGCAAGAAACCGGUCCUGUCUCUUCCUCACCGUCGACUGGUUUGCUGUUGCCAGCUCUAUGAGGUGCCAGAUCCAAACCGCCCCCAGAGACUGGGGCUGCAUCAGCGGGAGGUUUUCCUCUUCAAUGACCUCCUUGUGGUCACCAAAAUUUUCCAGAAGAAGAAGAUCUUGGUGACAUACAGCUUCCGUCAGUCCUUUCCCCUGGUGGAGAUGCACAUGCAGCUCUUCCAGAACUCAUAUUAUCAGUUUGGGAUCAAGUUACUGUCUGCGGUACCUGGAGGGGAACGAAAAGUCCUCAUCAUCUUCAAUGCUCCUAGCCUCCAAGACAGGUUGCGCUUUACCUCUGACCUGCGGGAGUCCAUUGCUGAGGUGCAAGAGAUGGAGAAGUACCGUGUGGAAUCGGAGCUGGAGAAGCAGAAAGGUAUGAUGCGACCUAAUGCCUCACAGCCUGGAGGAGCCAAGGACUCAGUGAAUGGGACUCUGGCCCGCAGUAGUCUGGAGGACACUUAUGGGGCAGGCGAUGGGCUCAAGCGGGGUGCACUCAGUAGUUCCCUGCGAGACCUCUCUGAUGCAGGGAAGCGGGGGCGGCGUAACAGCGUGGGAUCGCUGGACAGCACCAUCGAAGGGUCUGUUAUUAGCAGUCCACGCCCUCACCAGAGGAUGCCACCUCCGCCCCCACCCCCGCCGCCAGAGGAGUACAAGAGCCAGAGGCCAGUCUCGAACUCCUCAUCUUUCCUGGGCUCCCUAUUUGGAAGCAAGAGAGGCAAAGGGCCCUUCCAGAUGCCACCACCGCCAACAGGCCAGGCCUCUGCCUCGUCUUCAUCCGCUUCCUCCACCCACCACCACCAUCACCACCACCACCAUGGUCACAGCCAUGGUGGCAUGGGGGUGCUACCUGAUGGGCAGUCCAAGCUUCAGGCCCUGCAUGCCCAGUAUUGCCAAGGACCGGGCCCUGCCCCACCACCCUACCUCCCAUCCCAGCAACCCUCUCUGCCUCCACCCCCUCAGCAGCCUCCACCCCUGCCCCAACUGGGCUCCAUUCCACCACCACCUGCCUCAGCCCCACCUGUGGGGCCACAUCGACACUUCCAUGCCCACGGCCCAGUUCCAGGACCCCAGCAUUAUACCUUGGGCCGGCCAGGCAGAGCCCCAAGACGAGGGGCUGGAGGACACCCUCAGUUUGCUCCACAUGGCCGCCACCCCUUGCACCAGCCCACAUCCCCAUUACCCCUGUACAGUCCUGCUCCACAGCACCCGCCUGCCCAUAAACAGGGCCCUAAGCACUUCAUCUUCAGUCACCACCCACAGAUGAUGCCAGCAGCAGGUGCAGCUGGGGGCCCUGGGUCCCGGCCACCAGGGGGAUCCUACUCCCACCCUCACCACCCCCAGUCACCACUGUCACCACACUCACCCAUCCCCCCUCACCCCUCCUACCCGCCCCUGCCCCCACCCUCCCCUCACACCCCACAUUCACCCCUCCCACCCACCUCCCCCCAUGGCCCACUGCACGCCUCUGGGCCCCCUGGCACAGCUAAUCCACCCAGUGCAAACCCCAAGGCCAAGCCAAGCCGGAUCAGCACUGUGGUCUGAGGAAUGGAAUGAGUGUACUGGGGAACAGAUAGUCUGGGGAAGUCCACAGGAGAGGGACCUUGCCCCUCUCUUCUUCCUCAGUUUUUUCAAAAUAUAUAUACACUCAGCAGUGUCCUUCUUUCCACUUCCUCCAUCUCUCCAGCCCCUUCUUCUAACCCCUAGCACUUGUCAUGGGGUUUCCUUUCAGAUUGGAGGGCCCUUGCCACUUGCAGCCUGAACUUAGGGCACUGCAGUGCUGGCAAGUGGUAAGGGCCUCUCCGUAGUCCUUGUCCUCCCUUUCCUAUCUUCCUCUCUUCUCUUUCUGGUCCCUGGAGGCCUAGUUGGUGGUCUCAGACCUCUGGGCAGAUGGGAGCGUCCUUACAAGCUGGUGGAGAAGGCAGGCUUCUGGAGCCGUGGGGGUGAAGGCUUCCCCAGAGCUCCUCUGGCUGUGUGGGGCUAGGAGAGAGCUCUGUAGAGCUGUGGCCAAACCUCAGGGCCUAGCCACACACCUCUAUGUGUCUUUCUGCCUGCUGGAGGACACAGACUGUCCAUGUACUCUGUGGGUGGAACCCCGCUUGUGCUGGCCCCCACUGAGGGCACUGCUUCCCUCUCUUGAGCCAGUCUGUGUGUGCCCUCCUAAUAGGCCCCAGCCCAGACCUCUUUGGCUUCAGGAACUUGCCUUGCCCUGCAAUGUUCUUAUCCUGAUCAAAGUCCAGACAGGUUUUUUUGGAGGUGGGGGGGGGGCUCAGGUCUGGGAUGAGAAGGGUACUGCCCUCCCUCACCCAUAUUGCAUGCCCCCCCAUUCCUUCUUCUUUUCCCACCUACAACUGAAGACAAUGCACUUUACAGAUAUCACCCACACAUAUCUCACUGGGGCAGGGCACCCAGCAUCAGCCCUGGGGAAAGACUCCCAGAGGACCACCAAGAUGUCCUUCCUGAGGCAGAGAUUGAAGCCAUCAGAGCUGGGGCUGCAAGCCAGAAUGCCCAAGCCCCUCUUGUUCAUCAAAACUCCACUGCCUCGCCAGCCCCUCUGCAGUCCUGUUUAUUUAUUAUAAAUAUAUUUUUUACAAGUCCCAGCCCCUCUUCUUGCCCUACACAUCCAGCAGCUCCUUUCACAGUCCCUGCCUUCCUCUCCCCUGUCAAGUAUGGGCUGCAGUACAGACAGACAGAUGGACCCUCUACGUCAAAGGGUCCCUGGGGCUUCAGGUUGUGGGAGGGCAUUGGUGGGAGGGACUAUAUGGAGAGGAGCGGAGCGGGGAUUCAGGCAUUGUCUUUUUCCCUCCUUGUAUAUAAGAAUGUAUAUUUGAUGCCUCAUAAAAGAC